CCGAGGCGACGGCGGCGGCCGUAGUACCCGGUAAAACGGCGGCGGGAUGGGGUGGACGCUGCUGGGUGCCGGGUUGCUGCUGGCCCUCUACACGCUGCUCCGCCACGGGCUGCGCCGCUCCCCGCCGCUCCGCGCCCGCCCCGAGCUCCGCGGCCGCACCGCCAUCGUCACCGGGGGAAGCAGCGGCAUCGGGGCGGCCACGGCGCUGGAGCUGGCCCGCUGCGGGGCCCGCGUCGUCCUGGCCACCCGCAACGCCCCGCGGGGGGAGGCCGCCGCCCGCCGCAUCCGCACGGAGACGGGGAACGCGGAGGUGCUCUUCAUGCAGCUGGACCUGGCCAGCCUGCGCUCGGUGCGAGCCUUUGCCACCGCCUUCCUGCGCCAGGAACCCCACCUGCACCUCCUCAUCAACAAUGCCGGAGUGAGCGCCGGGGGCACGACGGAGGAUGGUUUCAGCCUCCCCUUCCAGGUGAACCACCUUGGCCAUUUCCUACUCACCCAGCUGCUGCUGGAGCGGCUGCAGAGCUGCGCGCCCAGCCGCGUGGUCAUCGUCGCCUCCCGCGCCCACUGCGCCGGCCGCCUGCGCCCCGACACCCUGGGCCGGCCGCCCUCCGGGCUGUUGUCAACUUUCCAGGACUACUGCGACAGCAAGCUGGCCAACGUGCUGCACGCCCGCGAGCUGGCCACGCGCUUGCAGGGCACCCAGGUGACGUGCUACGCCGUGCACCCAGCAGAACCGGCUCCCGCGUGGGCCCUUCCCCGCCGGGAGCCGGGAUGCGCCACGGCCGCUUCCCCUCGCCCCAGGGUUCGUCAACACGGAGCUCUUCCGCCACACGCCGCUCUGGCUGAAGCCGCUCUUCCUGCCACUGGCCUGGCUCUUCUUCCUCGACGCGGCCGAAGGCGCCCAGACCUCCCUCCACUGCGCCACGCAGGAGGGCCUCGAGCGUUUCAGCGGACGCUACUUCGCCGACUGCCGUCUGCAGGAACCGUGGCCGCAGGCCCGCGAUGACCGGCUGGCCCGGGCGCUCUGGGAGGCCAGCGAGAGACUGGUGGGACAGGGGGAGCCCGGGGGGAACCCCUCGCCGGCCCCUGCUGCUGUGGUACAAUAAAAGCGACGGUGGCGAAAAGGGAGGGACCCCCGGGUUGGGUGUGAAAUGGAGCCCGAGGAGGAGGCAGAGGACGGCCCGCCGGGGUUGGGGGGGGGAACCUGAGUGGGGGGCAGCCGCCAUGUUUGUGGGGCUCUCGCGACGCAGCCGCCCCGCCUUGCACACGCACGCACGC